AAAGUUAGACUGUGACGUUGGGACGUGAUUGCUGCCAUAAAUAUAAGGCUAUUUCGCCGACAGUAUACUGAAUGUAAUGUGAUUGGUUCAAUAUAUUCUCUUAAUCCAUAAUAGUUACAUUGAAGAAAGUAUUAAUUUUGCCGAUAGUACUAGAGAUGACUUCUAAAAUGCUUACUAGUAUUUGUCGUAUGCGAGGAUUAAGUAAUCUGCUUAGUGCAAAGCGUGGUUUAGCUUCUACUUCUAAUCAACCCACUUUCAACUGGGAAGAUCCACUGAAUUUAGAAUCACAACUACGAGAAGAUGAAAUUGCCAUUAGAGAUUCCUUCAGAUUGUACUGUGAAGACAAACUUAUGUCGCGUGUGAUUCAGGCUAAUAGAGAUGAAGUAUUCCAUAAGGAAAUAAUGAGUGAGUUGGGGUCCUUUGGCGUACUUGGUUGCACCAUCAAAGGAUACGACUGUGCAGGAGUUGGUAAUGUAGCCUACGGAUUAUUAACUCGUGAAGUGGAGCGGAUCGAUUCUGGGUACCGAUCUGCCUUCAGUGUGCAAAGUUCACUCUGCAUGGGAGCUAUUUAUGAUUAUGGCAGUGAGGAACAGAGGCAAAAAUAUCUGCCUCGUAUGGCUAAGGGGGAGUUGAUUGGAUGCUUUGGUUUGACGGAACCUAAUCACGGCAGUGAUCCAUCUUCGAUGGAAACACGAGCAGUACAUGAUCCAAAAACCAAAACAUAUGUUCUAUCUGGCAGUAAAACGUGGAUUACCAACUCGCCUGUAGCGGACAUAUGCAUCGUAUGGGGCAAAACCGAGGAUGGUAAAGUGCGAGGUUUUAUCAUAGACCGAGCAGAAAGUUCACAAGGUCUAUCAACACCGAAGAUACAGGGAAAGUUUUCAUUACGUGCCUCCGACACCGGCAUGAUUCUCAUGGACGAAGUUCGUAUUCCAGAGGAAAAUAUACUACCAAACGUGUCUGGGAUGCGGGGUCCAUUCGGUUGCUUAAAUAACGCUCGAUACGGCAUCGCUUGGGGAGCGCUUGGUGCAGCGGAGUCUUGCUUGAAGUUGGCUAGAAGCUACACACUGGAUCGAAAGCAGUUUAAUCGACCAUUAGCGGCCAAUCAGCUGAUGCAGAAGAAGAUGGCCGACAUGCUGACUGAAAUCAAUUUAGGUUUAGCGGCUUGUUUACAUUUAGGUCGUUUGAAAGAUCAGAAGUUGCAUACUGCUGAAAUGAUUUCUAUGCUGAAACGGAACAAUGCCGGUAAAGCGUUAGAGAUUGCUCGAGUCGCUAGAGAUAUGCUUGGAGGAAACGGCAUUUCCGAUGAAUAUCACAUCAUUAGGCAUGUUAUGAAUUUGGAAGCGGUAAAUACGUACGAAGGCACACACGACAUCCAUGCGUUAAUAUUGGGUAGAGCUAUUACAGGAAUUCCAGCCUUCUCGUAACGUUGGAGAUGGAUUAUUCUAUGCAUUUAUUAUUGUUAAAAUGAGUUUUAAAUAAAGCCAGUUCUG